CUGACGAGAUUUUUUGCAUCAUUAAUCUGUGGCGUUGAUCUGUGGAUAGGACAAUGUGUGGAGCUUCGGUAUUUUGAAUUGUUUGUGCUAAUAUUGUGAUGUUUCGAAAAAUUGUAGACAAAUUCAUUAAUGAUAAUGGAAUUUUUAUUUUUAGUAAAUCUUAUUGUCCGUACUGUAAAAAGGUGAAGGACCUAUUCAGCGAAUUGGCAGUUCAGUUUGGAUCUGUGGAAUUGGAUCAAAUUGAAAAUGGUAACGAAAUCCAAGCAGCCCUGUACGAGAAGAGUAAACAGAAAACUGUUCCUAAUGUGUAUAUUAGUGGUCGCCACAUGGGAGGCUGCAGCGAUGUGGUAGAAGCUCAGGCCUCAGGAUUGUUGCAAGAUCUUCUUGACGCUCUUCGCAUUGGCCAGAAGUAUGAGUACGACCUGGUGGUGCUGGGAGGUGGCUCAGGUGGACUGGCAGCUGCUCAGGAGGCUGCAGCAUUUGGCCGGAAGGUCGCAGUGUGCGACUUCGUCGUUCCUGCGCCAUCUCCAUUCCGCACCGUUUGGGGCCUUGGAGGGACAUGCGUAAACGUUGGCUGCAUUCCAAAAAAACUGAUGCACAAUGCUGCUCUGCUGCAUUCUGAGCUUGCUGCAGAAGCACCUUAUUUUGGUUUCAAAAACCAUCAGCAGGUUUCACAUGGAUGGACUGAAAUGAUUGAAAAUGUGCAGCGCUAUAUUGGGACCUUGAACACUGCUUACGAAACAAGUCUGGAGAAAAAGAAAAUAGACUAUAUAAAUGCAUUUGCAGAGUUUGUUGAUCCACAUAAGUUAAAACUAACAGAUGCAGAAAAUUUGUCACGGGAAAUAACCAGUAAGAAGUUCAUCAUAUCAGUUGGUUGCCGUCCUCGAUAUCCUGACAUUCCUGGGGCCAAGGAAUUUUGCAUCACCUCAGAUGACUUGUUUUCUCUGAAAACACAUCCUGGAAAAACUUUAAUUAUCGGUGCCUCUUACAUUGCUUUGGAGUGUGCAGGAUUCUUAGCAGAACUUGGAAUAGAUUGCACAGUGAUGGUGAGGUCCAUUUUUCUACGUGGUUUCGAUCAGCAGAUGGCAAACAUGGUGGCAGAUACUCUAAGUGCAUGUCAUGUUAAAUUCAUUCAAGACACUGUACCUGUGAAAAUAGAAAAAUCUAUUGAUAAUUCUUUAUGCUUGAAAGUUACUGGUAUUAAAGGAGCUGACCAAAGUUCCAUUGAGCUCUACGUUGACACUGUCAUUUUUGCCAUCGGAAGAGAUGCUUGCACCAAAAGUCUGGGUUUAGGGAAUGCAGAUGUGAAAAUAAAUGAAAAGAAUGGCAAAAUAAUAGUCGACGAGGCAGAGCAAACUUCAGCCCCUGAUAUAUUUGCAAUUGGUGAUGUGGCCGAUGGGAAACCGGAAUUAACACCUGUUGCAAUAAAAGCUGGAAGACUUCUUAUGCAGAGGCUGUGUGGUCGCACAAAGGAGCUGAUGGACUACACAAAUAUCCCGACAACUGUCUUCACACCGUUGGAGUACGGGUGUAUUGGUCUGGCAGAGGAGGAUGCUGUUGCGAAGUUUGGCCAAGACAAUAUCGAAGUGUACCACAGUAAUUUCCAGCCUUUGGAGUUCAGCCUCUCGAAAAAAUUACUUAACAAGUCAUACGCCAAGCUGAUUUGUGUGAAAAAUGAAAAUGAAAGAGUUGUUGGAAUUCAUUAUUUGGGUCCAAACGCUGGUGAAAUAAUUCAGGGAUAUGGCAUAGGAAUCAAGAUGGGUGCAAAGAAAUCUGAUUUUGACAGUUUGGUGGGAAUCCAUCCAACAAGUACUGAAGUGUUUACAACAAUGAACAUAACUAAGUCUUCUGGUGUAAGCAGUACAAAAACUGAAUGCUGAAGUUAAAGUCUGCCUAGGCUUAUACAAGAGUUGAAACUAAUAGCUUCCAUGCUAUUGUUCAUUUCUUAAAGCUGUGGCAAUAAUCUAUGACAAUAAUCAAUGGGUUAAGCUUAUAGCACUAUGACGACUUUGACCGGAACCUUUACCAGGAGGUCAGUGUCUGAUGUUAACCUUUGAAUAUGUUGCCUUGUUAGGUAAUUUUAAUUGUUACUUACCAUACAUGUAUUAGUAAUUUGUAGCUUUUUAAUGUGAAUGGCUGGGCGUUACCUUAUUCAUUGUAAGUGAAUUGUAUGACGCGAAUUUUUUUUUAAAAUUGAUUUCAAAGGUUGCAUUGGAAUUUAAUUGAAUAUAGAAGUAGCAAGCUCUUGAUUCAUGUAUGUUUUGAGUGACGGAGCUUAUUCAUUAUAAGUUAAUUGAAGAAAUUUUGUAAUUGAUUUCAGAAAAAUGUUGCAUUGAAAUUUAAAUGAAUAUAGAAGUAGCAAGCUCUUGAUUCAUGUAUGUUUUGAGUGACGGAGCUUAUUCAUUAUAAGUUAAUUGAAGAAAUUUUGUAAUUGAUUUCAGAAAAAUGUGCCAUUGAAAUUUUAAUGAAUAUAGAAGUAGCAAAGUCUUGAUUCAAGUAUGUAUUGAGUGAUAGAGCUUAUUCAUUGUAAGUGAAUUGUUUGAAGAAGAAUUUUUGUAAUUGAUUUCAGAAAAAUGUGGCAUUGAAAUUUAAAUGAAUAUAGAAGUAAAAAGUCUUGAUUCAAGUAUGAAUUGGGUGAUAGAGCUUAUUUAUUUAUUGUAAGUGAAUCGUUUGAAGAAGAAUUUUGUAAUUGAUUUCAGAGAAAUGUUACAUUGAAAUUUAAAUGAAUAUAGAAGUAGCAAGCUCUUCAUUCAUGUAUGUAUUGGGUGACAGACCUUAUUCAUUGUAGGUGAAUUGUUUGAAGAAGAAUAUUUGUAAUUGAUUUCAGAGAAAUGUUGCAUUGAAAUUUAAAUUAAUAUAGAAGUAGGAAGCUCUUGAUUCAAGUAUGUAUUGGGUUACAGAGCUUAUUCAUUGUAAGUGAAUUGUUUGAAGCAGAAUAUUUGUAAUUGAUUCCAGAGAAAUGUUGCAUUGAAAUUUAAAUGAAUAUAGAAGAAGCAAGCUCUUGAUUCAUGUAUGUUUUGAGUGACGGAGCUUAUUCAUUGUAAGUUAAUUGUUUGAAGAAGAAUUUUUGUAAUUGAUUUCAGAGAAAUGUGGCAUUGAAAUUUUAAUGAAUAUAGAAGUACAAAGUCUUGAUUCAAGUAUGUAUUGGGUGAUAUAGCUUAUUCAUUGUAAGUGAAUUGUUUGAAGAAGAAUUUUUGUAAUUGAUUUCAGAGAAAUGUUGCAUUGAAAUUUAAAUGAAUAUAGAAGUAGCAAGCUCUUGAUUCAUGUAUGUUUUGAGUGACGGAGGUUAUUCAUUAUAAGUUAAUUGAAGAAAUUUUGUAAUUGAUUUCAGAAAAAUGUGCCAUUGAAAUUUUAAUGAAUAUAGAAGUAGGAAGCUCUUGAUUCAAGUAUGUAUUGGGUUACAGAGCUUAUUCAUUGUAAGUGAAUUGUUUGAAGCAGAAUAUUUGUAAUUGAUUCCAGAGAAAUGUUGCAUUGAAAUUUAAAUGAAUAUAGAAGAAGCAAGCUCUUGAUUCAUGUAUGUUUUGAGUGACGGAGCUUAUUCAUUGUAAGUUAAUUGUUUGAAGAAGAAUUUUUGUAAUUGAUUUCAGAGAAAUGUGGCAUUGAAAUUUUAAUGAAUAUAGAAGUACAAAGUCUUGAUUCAAGUAUGUAUUGGGUGAUAUAGCUUAUUCAUUGUAAGUGAAUUGUUUGAAGAAGAAUUUUUGUAAUUGAUUUCAGAGAAAUGUUGCAUUGAAAUUUAAAUGAAUAUAGAAGUAGCAAGCUAUUGGUUCAAGUAUGUAUUGGGUCCAGAACUGCAGAUAUUUCAUACAGUUAAUAUUAGAAACAUUAAGAUUGUAUUAAGCUACUUAAAAAUGUUUAAAUAAAAUAUUUUGACUUGA